UUAUUUAGGCUAAUACCGUACUCACUUUUGUUAACUUAUUUCUUAUUUGAUUAUUGAAUUUAGUGAGUAUGAUUCUAAUAUUUUGUAAAGGCUUUUGUCGAACACUCUUUGUAAUCUCAUUCCUGACUGGCGUAUUUUUAAAAUCAACUCAAUCCACUUGCGCAGUAGGUCUGGGUAUAAAUACUCAUGUUCGAUUGAAAUUACUUGUCCCGCCAGCCAGUUUUUCAAGGUCACACUUCUCGAGGCCGUGCUGUCCGUAAAGACACAUGCCAUUGUCGUUUAUUGCUGUUAAUAAAGAAUUAAAAGUGACCUGGUCUUGUUACUGCUCGGUUACAUAUGGCGCUGCGAGCAGUCACUUAAAACGGCAAUGGCAAAGCACGUAAAUCCCGAGGACUGAACGACUACAAACUACGGAGGCCAACGGGGGAAACAGUUUCAAGGCGACGACAAACUACGACGGACGAUAGGGAAAUCCAAGAUGGCUGGCGGUGUACCACGGACUUGACCCAUGAACUGUGUAUGACUUGAACUUUAAUUUUUUUUCUCAAAUUUGGACAGUUAAAUUAUCAUUUCAUUUGACAUCUAUUUAUAGAAAAAGGGGUUUAAUUGUUUAAAAGGUGUUAUUUAGAUCUGAUUUUUUUUUAUAUCAAAUUAAUUCUUUUCAAAAAUGUUUAUUGUGAAAUAAGCAAAAUGAAUAAGAGGGAGUUACAAAAACGUGUUCAUGAGCUUGAAAAGGAAUUACUGGAAUGUGAUUUAAAACGUGAUGUUCCCCACUUUGUGAAUCCUUAUUUCAAAGAUCGAAAAAUUCAAAAGUUCAAUGGAAAUAAUGUACCAGUUGAUGAUUGGAUCGACGAGCUGGCUUCUGUGUUCCAUGCUAUACAUAUGUCUGUUGCUGAAAAAUGUGAUCUUAUUUAUUCGCAUCUUGAGGGUGAAGCUAAGGAUGAAAUCAAAUUUCGCUCGGAUAUUCGCUCAGCACCAAAUGAAAUGUUGGAAUGUCUACGUAAAGCCUUCGGUGACAGGGAAUCCAUUACCGUACUACAGAAAAAUUUCUUUGGUUGUAAACAAGGAGAAAACGAAUCUAUCCGAAAAUACUCCAACACCUUACUUGAUUUAUUCCAAAGGAUUAUUCGUAAGGAUUCAUCGGUUUUCAGACAUAAGGAACGCACGUUAUGUGAACAUUUCUCCGAAAAUCUAAGAGAUGCGCACAUCAGGAGAGAAAUAAAGAAAAUAGUACGUAAGUCAGAAGAGUGUGAUUUCUAUGCAUUACGGGAAGAGGCCAUAUUAUUGAGUGCGGAAGGUGUAAAAAUGUCGCAUUCGGAACCGGAACAAAAGAAAACGGAAAGUGAAGAUUCACCUUCAUUCAACAAGCUUAUGUCUGCUAUUGAACAACAACAAAAACAAAUUAAUCAACUCACAGAUAUUAUGAAAAACCCUCCUACGAUGACGCAAAAUAGAUUCACUGAUGGAUACAGAAAAUGUUUCAAUUGUCAGGAAUUCGGUCAUAUUUCACGGAAUUGCCCAAAAAGAAAAGAUACAGGAACACAGCAGGAAAACUUUGCCCCACUAUCGACCGGAGUCCGACGGUAGACGGGAAUACAAAGGGCUCUCCUGGAAUUUCACGCAUGAUUGGAGCAUGUCCGGUGAUUAAUAUUGUAAUAGAAAAUGUGAGUAUCCCUUGUUUAGUUGAUACCGGAUCUAAUGUGUCUACAAUAACAGAAAGUUUCUAUAGAAAAUAUUUGGAAAAACAUGGAAAAUCUUUGACCCCGUGUAAAAUUCAACUGAAAGCAGCAAAUGGAAUUAACAUACCAUA